AUGGGUUCAACUCCAUUGAAGUUGCCAUGUAUUGCUCGGGUCUCGAAAUUCAACUGUGUUGGUUUUUUAAGAUCAGCUGCCAUGGAAGAUAUCAGAGGACCAAGAAGCUUGAGCUUUAAAAUCAGAGCAGUUACUGAUUCCGGAAAUGUGCAGGAUGCAAACCAGGUUGAAUUAGGAAUAAUGUGUGAACCAUGUGGAGGCAGAGGAUGGUUACUAUGUGAUUUCUGCCAAGGACAGAAGACUAAUGUUAAGGCUGAGAAUAAAAGGAUUUAUCGUCGUUGUCCAUCUUGCCGAGCUAUUGGGUACAUCCUGUGUUCAAAAUGCAAAGUUUUUAAAUGUGUUACAUUCCCUGAUCCUGAUGAUGGCGUGGACCUAAUGCUCUGA